UCACUCAGACUUUCUCUCUUGCAUCCUCACUGGUCCUCAAAGAUCAAAACAACCAUCACGAAGAUGAACAAGCCACUGCUCCUGCUGGUCGCUCUGACUUUCUGCUGUUGCAUCGUGUCUCUGCAUGGUUUUACCAUAAAUACCUGCCGCUGUAGAAAGACGACCAUGAGACCUGUUUCUGCUAAGAUGGUCAAGAAGAUUGAGGUGACUCCUGUUUCAGGACACUGCCCCCGAACUGAAAUCAUGAUCACUGUGAGGUCUGGUGCUAAGAUCUGUGUCAAUCCAGAGGCCAAGUGGUUUCCAGGCCUUCUCAAAACUCUGCAAAAGAAGAACACCGUCUCAACCACUGGGCCACGCACUGCUUCAACACCUAGCUUCUGAUCACACGGCAGAUCGAUUCCUCCCUUCAUCAGUCUGAAUUACUUGUAGCAAGCCUGUUGUAUUCAGCCCGAAUACAGUUUCAUUUUCUCGAGUGUUAUCCUUUGAUGACAAAGGUAUAAUUCUUAGAAAAUCACAUAAUCUAUAUGUGAUUGUUUUAUGCUUGAAAUUCUGAUAGAAUUGAUAAAAAUACCUUUAAACUGUGCCACCUUAAUAUUUGAAGAAGGUACUGAAGAAGAUUGUUGCACACCUUUCACUUUUUUAAGUUUGUAUCUGUUACUGUUGCAUUAAACGUGUGUAUUUGUACUUUUUAAUUAAAAAAAGAUUUUUGUAAUACCCACUGCUAUGACGUCAAUAUGUGUUGUAUCCCUGAAUUUUGACUUUUUUAAAAAACAAAAAUAAAGCACAGACAAGAAGA